AUGUUCUCCCGCGCGAUCAGGUUAAACCGAGCGGUGCCUCUGCGCACUCGUGCUCCCGCUUCUUUUGUUUCUGCUUCUCGGUCCGUCACCACCAAUGCCGCAUCGGCGACCCUGGAGAAGGGCCUCCCGCAGUCCGACGAUGAGCCUUUCCAGAUCACCCUGAGCGAUGAGAGCUUCGAGACGUACCAGCUCGACCCCCCGCCAUACACCCUCGAGGUGACCAAGAAGGAGUUGAAGCAGAUGUACAAGGACAUGGUCGUUGUCAGACAAAUGGAGAUGGCUGCCGACCGAUUGUACAAGGAGAAGAAGAUCCGUGGUUUCUGCCAUUUGUCUACCGGUCAGGAGGCUGUCGCCGUCGGUAUUGAGCACGCUCUUACUCGCGAGGACGACGUCAUCACUGCCUACCGUUGCCACGGCUUCGCCUACAUGCGCGGCGGAACCGUCCGCUCCAUCAUUGGUGAGCUUCUGGGUCGCCGCGAGGGUAUCGCGUACGGCAAGGGAGGUUCCAUGCACAUGUUCACCAAGGGCUUCUACGGAGGCAACGGUAUUGUCGGUGCGCAAGUACCCGUCGGUGCCGGUCUCGCUUUUGCCCACAAGUACACUGGCCGCAAGAACGCCUCCGUCAUCUUGUACGGUGACGGUGCCAGCAACCAGGGUCAGGUCUUCGAGGCCUUCAACAUGGCCAAGCUUUGGGGCCUGCCCGCACUCUUCGGCUGCGAGAACAACAAGUACGGUAUGGGUACCGCUGCUGCCCGCUCCUCCGCUCUUACCGACUACUACAAGCGUGGUCAGUACAUCCCCGGUCUGAAGGUCAACGGCAUGGACGUCCUUGCCGUCAAGGCCGCCGUCAAGUACGGAAAGGACUACACCGUCGCCGAGAACGGACCCCUUGUCCUUGAGUACGUUACCUACCGCUAUGGUGGACACUCCAUGUCCGACCCUGGCACCACCUACCGCACCCGCGAGGAGAUCCAGCGCAUGCGUUCCACCAACGACCCCAUCGCCGGUCUCAAGCAGAAGAUCAUGGACUGGGAGGUUGUCACCGAGGACGAGCUCAAGACCAUCGACAAGGAGGCCCGCAGCUUCGUCAACGAGGAAGUUGCCGCUGCCGAGGCCAUGGCCGUUCCCCAGACCACCCCUCAGAUUCUGUACGAGGACAUUUACGUCAAGGGCACCGAGCCCCAGUACAUCCGCGGCCGCACCGCCGAGGAGUCCUACUACUUCAACUAA